AUGGCAUCAAUUUCUCGGUCCUCCCUCCUACGGCAGGUUGCUUCGGCGCCUAAGCUGUCGAUUGCGGCGAGGCCGACGUUCCAACGGAGCGUCAUUGCCAACGCCGCCCGAACAACUGCCUUCCACACCUCGGCCCGGAGGGACCUCCUCCCACCACUUCCCCAGCGUGUCGAAGGGACAGUGAACGACCCGGUCCGAAUACCGCCCUACUCCCCGGCGCACGGGUCCUACCACUGGACGUUUGACCGGCUGGUGGGCGCGUCGCUGGUUCCGCUCACCGUGGCGCCCUUCGCGGCCGGCUCGCUGAACCCGACGCUCGACGCCAUCCUCUGCGCCACCCUCCUGAUCCACUCGCACACCGGCUUCCAGAACAUCAUCGUCGACUACCUGCCCGCCUACCGGGUGCCCCGCGCGCGCAAGUUCUUCGUCUGGGCCUGCAACGCCGCCACCGCCGUCGUCGGCCUGGCCCUCUACGAGUUCGAGACUACCGACGUGGGCAUCACCGAGACCAUCAAGCGCAUCUGGACUGCAUGA